CGCCAUUGCAGUACCAUCCCUAAACAGAAAACCUUUAGAACUUGUAAACAAAAAGCAACUUUAAUCUAGUGACAUUUUCGCAGCUCCUCCUUAGGAGCUUUGAAUUUAUUGGGAUCUGUCAACCUACACUGCUACGAAAUGGAAUCUCCCAGUGCUCGAACACACGAGAAUUCUCUGGGGGAUUGUGAGAAUAAAAACAACGGAAACGGGAACACCACGAUGAUGCAGGGAAUUUACCAUGAGCGACAGACAAGGCACUUGUGCGGCCUGCACGCCCUAAACAAUCUGUUCCAGUGCCCAGACACAUUCUCCAAAUCGGAACUAGACGACUACUGCACCACGCUGACUCCUCGCAACUGGCUGAAUCCCCAUCGGUCAUGGAUCGGUUGGGGCAACUACGAUGUGAAUGUGAUUAUGUAUGCCCUGCAGCAGCGUAACUGCGAGGCGGUGUGGUUUGACCGCCGGAGGAAUCCACAAUGCCUUAAUUUGAGUGCCAUCUUUGGAUUCAUUCUCAAUGUUCCGGCUCAGAUGAGUCUUGGCUAUUACAUCCCAUUGCCCUUCCAGAUGCGUCACUGGCUGGCGUUGCGUUGCAUCAAUGGAAUCUACUACAACCUGGACUCAAAGUUGCGCGAACCAAGAUGCCUGGGAAACGAGGAGGAGUUCAUUGAGUUUUUGAGCAGCCAGCUGCAAAUGGACCACGAGCUAUUCCUGGUUUUGAACGUGGAGGCGGACUCUACCCAGAAGGUUCAGCAACGUUGGUUGCUACCGCAGUUCAGGGGUUAAUUUUAUGUUUACACAAAUAAAUGAUGCCCUAACCAUUAUCAGUUAUUUUAUCACUUGUUAAAGAUAAUGUGAACCAAAAUGUGCCCUAGGAUUCAAGUUAAAUUUUUGUAUUAACCUUUUUUCGCUCUAUAAAUGGAUAAGUUUCGAAUUUAAGAAUGCAAUUAUUUAGGCAAAAUAAUAGCAAUAAAAUACCAAGAAAACAAUGCAUAAAA